AUGGGCUGGCCUCUUUCUUCCAAGUUUCGUGAGGACAGUACCGUCCGAGACAACAUGUUUGACCAGGCGACACUGGCUGCUCUUCAGUCUGCCUCAGGGCCCACUUCGAGCACUGUAACCCCUGACCGGACGGGCAACACAACCCCUUACAGUGUCUCAUCUCCUCCCAGAGGCAGACGCACUACGUCGGAUCUCAAGCGUAAUACCACUAGAUCACGGCCUGCUUCUAUUGCUCCUUCACGUCACUCCCUUAUGGGAGACUGUGAUAUCGCAGAUCCUUCUAUGGUCGCCAAGUAUGCUUCUCGACGUGCAACACUUCUUGGCUGGUUCGAUGAACCUGUCGAAAGAACUGUCGCCAACGGUGUCUCACUUACUGGCGUCGCCAUCAAAUCGGAGGAAGGCUAUGUCUUCCAGCCCGCAGAUGUUGAUCCAGAUCUUCAAGGCGCCAUCUCAAAGCUUGCUGUUGAAGCAUGUAUGUCCAUCUCAUCUGAGACACUGUCCAACAUCAUCAAGUCCAUCCCCCCAACCCAAAGAUCCCUUGUCUCAGAUGCAACUGGAGCCCGCAUCCCCAUCGUCCCCAAUUUGGCGGGUGUCACUGCCGAACUGUCUCACUACUCACGUGCAUGCAUCGCCCAUGAGGAACGGAUCGUUCUCGUUUGGUCUCAGGAUCCCAAGGCUAUCAUCAAUGUCGCCGAUCAUGUCCAACAGGAACUCUUCGACAUUACACGAACCCCCUCUGACGACCGGCUUGAUAAAGAAAUUCCCACUCGAUCGACCUCGACCCAGCGCAGCUCCAGCGUUGCACCAACACCUCCCUACGUUCGCGGUGGUCUCGAUGAGAAAAAUGAGAUCUUCCAACGUGCCGUUGCCCUCGAGGAGAAUGAAGACGAUGAGGACGACGUCGAGAGAGCUGCUGCUCCUCGGCCCAAGCUCAAGAUGCAUGCCUUCAAGGUCACUGUUGCUAUUAUGCUUGUUGUCGUUACUCAGUCACUAGGUGUCACCAAGCUCCUGAACGAGUACUACUGGGACGGAGACAUGACUCGCUUUGCCCUCGUCUCCACGGUCCCUCCUCUGACUCUCUUUUCCCUCUUCUUUUUCCUUGUUCUCGUCACCAGUCUGUUCCAGCUCUUCCUUCCCGUUAGUGUCUGUCUGAAGAACUCUCGCUUCCAUUCUGCUACCAAGCCCAACCCCAAGCGUCAUCGCGACUAUGAGCUGCCUCACAUCACCGUUCAGAUGCCUGUCUACAAGGAGGGUCUGAAGGGUGUCAUUGUGCCCACGAUGAUCAGUGUCAUGGCUGCCAUUGAGUACUACGAACAGAAGGGUGGCACGGCCUCUGUCUUCAUCAAUGAUGAUGGUAUGCAGCUCAUCCAGGAUGAUCUUGCCCAAGCUCGCAAGGCUUAUUAUCGUGAGAACGGUAUUGGUUACACUGCCCGUUUGCCCAAUGCCAAGUCACCAAAGAAGGGCUCAUGGUUCCGCCGGAGCAAAGAGUCAAGCACUGAGAACGUUGAGAAGCCCGAAUCCGAGAUGACACCUCAAGAGCUCUCCAACAAGAUUGGCUUCCAACGUCGCGGCAAGUUCAAGAAGGCCAGUAACAUGAACUACGGCCUUGCGUUCUCCAACCGCGUCGAGGAUGAGAUGGCUCGUUUGACUCAGCUAGAAUGUGACCAGCGUGGAUGCACCGAAGCUGAUCUGACUGUUGACGAUGAUAACCUCCUUUACGACCGUGCCUUGGCCAACAUGCUUGCCGAGGAUAAUGGUCGCACUUGGGCUGAGGGCAACAUUCGUAUCGGCGAAUUGAUUUUGCUCAUUGACUGCGAUACACGUGUCCCUGUCGACUGCCUCUACUACGGUGCCUUGGAGAUGCAUGAGAGUCCCGAGGUUGCCAUUCUUCAGCAUGGAUCCGGCGUCAUGCAGGUUGUUCACAACACUUUCGAGAACGGCAUCACCUACUUCACCAACGUCGUAUACACUGCUAUCAAGUAUGGUGUUGGUUCUGGCGACGUCUCUCCCUUCGUCGGUCACAAUGCCUUUCUCCGUUGGAAGGCCCUUCAAGACAUUGCCUUCACCGAUCCAACAGACAAUGACCAAGUCAAAUGGUGGUCAGAUUCUCAUGUGUCUGAAGACUUUGACAUCAGUCUCCGCAUCCAGAUGAAGGGUAUGAUCGUUCGUCUUGCGACUUAUCAUAACGGCGGCUUCAAGGAGGGCGUCUCCCUUACGCUCUAUGAUGAGUUAACUCGCUGGGAGAAAUACGCGUAUGGCUGCAAUGAGCUUGUCUUCCAUCCCUUCUAUCAAUGGUUCUACAAAGGUCCUGUCACAAGGCUGUACCUUCGCUUCCUCUGGAGCAACAUCCCCAUCACAAGCAAGGUUACUAUUACUGCAUACAUCUUUACCUACUACGCCAUUGCCUCUGGUCUCUUCCUGACGACUGCCAAUUAUAUCAUCAUUGGACUCUUCCCAGACAAGCUCGAUCACUUGUAUAUGCCUUCAUGGGGUAUCUGGCUGUCCCUUGUCGUGGUCUUCAAUGGUCUAGGUUCUAUCGCCUUCAGUAUGGUUCGCCAUCAGCUAAAGGAAGAGGUUUUUUGGAAAGCGUUACUUGAAGCUAUAAAAUGGCUGCCAUUCCUGAUCAUUUACUUUGGUGGUAUUAGCUUGAACUGUGCCAAAGCCUUGAUCUGUCAUGCAUGCAGCAUUAACAUUGAGUGGGCUUCAACCGCUAAGGAACCUGGACCGAGUGGUUUCUUUAUCGGGCUUGAUAAGAUGAUUGCAAGCUUUAAGUACACCUGGAUCAUCUGUGUCCUCAUUGCUGCUAUGAUGAUCUACUUUGCUGUCGGCGCACCUUGGGGAUACACCAUCACUCCUGGCCCGCACUCAACUGCUAUGGUAGCUAUAAUUCCGCUUGCUAUCCAGAUCUGCAGUGCCUUUUUUUUGCCCCUUACUCUUGGGUUAAACUAG